AAACAGCUGAGGCAGGCCAGUGUAGGUGUGUGGUGAGGAGGAGGUAGUGCGCGGGUCUUCCCUCCUGGCGCCGCAUCACUGGUCCUUUGUGUUCGGGAUGCAUUAUUAAGGAAUACCUGACCACCGGGAGGACACACGUGGCCCCACACACCUGCACGCCCCGCACAGUCUUGGUCAACGUGAAGAGGGAAGGACACAGCUUUCGCACGCAGGUUUCUCUCGGUUACAAUGGUGGCAGCGCCCGGCCCAGCUGUAACCCGCGACGCACCCUUAACGUAACCCCGACGCAGACAUGACGUAGCGGCGACGUGUGGCCAUGACGCACUGACGAGGGGAUGGUGGUGACGGAGCGGCGGCGGCGGUGGUGGUGGUGAUGGUGACGCUGGUGGUGGUGAAGAUGGUGGUGGCGGCUCCCUCGCUCCUAUAGUGAAGGGUGCAGCAUGUCGUGGCUGGGCGGGGAUGACCCAGGGGGCGGCGGGUUCGGCUAUGACUACCCGUGGUGGGCGGCGGAGGACCGGUCCGGCCCCCGCUCCAACCUGACGUGGGAAGAGAAGUGCCGAACCUUGGAUUACGAAUACCACGUGGUCACCGCCGUCAUCUCCGGCAUGUUCCUCGUCUUCGGCGUCGUCUACAGCCUCUUCGGCUAUCGAUGUUUCAAGGCCGUGAUGUUCCUGACGGGGUUCAUCUUCGCCUCGGUGGUGGUGUACCUCAUCUGCCUGAGUGAGGACCUGCUGCCGCUCCUGGGCAACGCAGGCGUGGCUCUGGGCGCGGGGGUCAUGUUCGGCCUCAUCACGAUGCUGGUGCAGUAUGUCGGCUUGUUCAUGACCGGCCUGCACACGGGGCUCUUCCUGGGCGUGGCCGGCAUCGCCAUAGCCUACAAGUGGUGGGUGCCGAGCAGCGUGUGGCCGGUGGUGGGCAUCCUGCUGGCGUCGGGGCUGCUGCUGGCCAUCAUGACGCUGUACUUCCAGAAGGGGCUCACCAUCCUGGGCACGGCCAUCAGCGGAGGAGCCAUCAUGUCGGCAACACUCGAUUAUUUCAUAGAGAAGUUCCUGAUGGUGAAUUGGUUUGGCGACCGGCUCAAGGUGGUGGAGAGUGAGCGGCCGUGUUGGUUCUCGUGGAUGAUCCUGGGGGUGUGGCCGUUCAUGGUGGUCAUCGGGAGUCUGACCCAGUGGCGCAUCACAGGCCGGGGCAUCUACCACCAGCAGUUGGUGCCCUCGAAAAAGACCAGAAGUGUGAACCUGCAGCGCUUGAGAAGUCGCGAGGCCCGUGCUGAGCUGCGACAGAAGAAAUAUCGGUAUUUGUAUCAAGUCCGUACCGCCCACGGGGACAUCAUCAGCCAGGAAUACAUCCAGAGCCUGCAGAGGAAGGCGUACCCGACUGGUGACAACGGCACACUGCAGAGUGACUCCACGCACACCACCAUGCUGCCCCCAGACCACACGCAGCUGGCGCCACUCACUGAGAGUGAGGACGAGGCCGGCAGCUCCCAGCCCCCGCCCUCCCCCCCUGAGGCUCCGAGACUCACACGCGUCACCAUGCACUAGGGUGGCGGCGAGGUGCUCCUGGCAGCGAUGGUGGCAACUGACCAUGUGUGUGUGUGUGUGUGUGUGUGUGUCCGGGGGAAGGAAAGACCAAGUGGCUUUAGACGCUUCCAGAAACUGUGUGGAUUUUGCCGCACCAGAAAUGGCUGCCGUGGUCUUGCCACCAGGACGCUGUUGUGAAAGGUGGACACCUAGUUCUGUGAGCCAAGUUUGUGUUUGUUUAGAAAAGAGAAAAGAAUCUUUGCUGUCCUGUGGAAGGUGUUUAGCCAGAGCAUUAGUUAGAGGAUAAAUAAAACACUUCUUGGAGUGCUCCUGAAAACCUGAGAUGACAGCCAGUGCUUAUGCUGACAGCCUAGGACAACUCCGUGAGGGGACCUGAGUGAUAGCGGCAUGGUGAGCAUUAGCAGCAUAGUGACAGCCAUGCCUCAACACUGCAGCAUACAUGUACUGCACAGUGAUGAAGUUAGAUAUAUAUAAUAUUGAACUAUUAUUGUGAUAUCAUAUAGCAAGUGUGUGUGUGUGUGUGCAUGUGUGUAUGUGUGUGUGUGUGUGUGUGUGUGCGUGUGUGUACAAGUGUGACUUGUGAGUAUGUGUGCAUAUACAGUACAUCCCUGACUGUAGUUCUGUGUGUUUUCCCUCUUGUUGCCAGACUCAAAGUGUAGCUAAAGUCUUUCAACACCUGUAAGCUGUCUGUUAAGUAGCCCAGCAACCUGUAACUGUCAGUGUGCUGUCUUAAUUUAGUUCCACUGCCACUGACUCCUGGCAUCUGGGAGGCUAAUCAAACGUGCUCUCCUCAGCGACCAUUCAGUGGUGGUCUGUGAUGGUCCAGACUGUGGAGGUGAAGGGGCUGUGUCAGCUGGGUACCCUGAGGGAAGCACAUGAGCUUUGUGGCCUGUUGCUCCCUGUCCUGUGAAGGCGAUGUGCUGAGAGCCUUGCUGUGGCUCUCUGCACCAUCAUGUUAGGUUCCCGCUAGUCGUGGUGACAACUUGCCCUGUGAGUGCUGUCCUCAGGGUUAUGUAGGGUGCCUCCUGGAAGGUGUUUUGGUGACUUAUACAAACAAAGGAGCACAAACACUCAGAAGCAGAACUACACAGAAGGAUGCAGUUGUUUAUAAUGUGAUAAGUAGCUUAUGGUGUUGGCUCUUCCAUUACUUGGAAGUCUUGGAAUGAAGCAUUCCACACUCCAUCAGAGAAAGAAGGUAACAGUUGAUAUCUACUGGGAUGACCAAAGUCACCACCAGCCAACUUGUCCCUAAGUCCUGCCCUCUUCCUCCCUCCCUCCCUCCUUCACGCUCCAGGACAGGGUUCUCCUUAACUACUUGUGGGAUUGUGUUCAUGGUUUGGCUCAACUUGUUCACUCAGCCAGUCAUUAAGUGAGGGACAAGGUGGCUGGUGGGUUGUGUGAGCAAGCCAUGUCCCUGAAUGUGUCAUCCACUGCUCACUGCACAGCUGCUCAAAGGGGAGAGCACACGCUGGCUGCUCAACACACAGACAGUGGCAGCAGCAGCACCCUUGCACAAACCUACUGGGCUGAUUUACCUGAAACAUUUGUUGGUCAAGGAACUUCUCCAUCUCUCUUUGCUUCUGGCAUUCUUGAUGGCUUCAGCCUGCCUAAAUAAUAUCAUGAAUCAUGUAUUUUUUGUUGGUAAAUGUUACUUAACUGAAUUAUCUUCCUUUGCUUUUGCCCUUACUGAGUUGCCCAUAGACUUAAUUCUCCCUUAUCCAAGCCUGGGGGCAAAGCAGUCUUUGGUUUCUUUCUUCUUAUGUCAUUAUUUCUGCAGCAUCUGUAAACACUUUCAGACGUAAGUCUCCCUUAGCCAGGCCUGGGGGCAAGGCAGUCUUUGGUUUCUUUCUUCUUAUGUCAUUAUUUCUGCAGCAUCUGUAAACACUUUCAGACGUAAGUCUCCCUUAGCCAGGCCUGGGGGCAAGGCAGUCUUUGGUUUCUUUAUUCUCACAUCACUAUUUCUGCAGCAUCUGUAAACACUCCCAGCAAACCAAAAGACACCAGACUUCUGUUAGCAACUUGCAUGUUUUCCUGGCAGCCCUUGGGAAGAGUGUGGUUUUGGCUCACUGUCUGGCUGGUGUAUGACUCUCAUAGUCGCUGACAAGACCCAAGAGUAAUGGUUUGCUGGGCUAUUUCAGAUGAGCUUUCGUGAUUUUUCUUCUUGCAUACUGCCUAUAGUCAUACAGUGUGAAAUGUUUGUCCAUACCACCCUUUUUAUUUCAUGGAAUAUUGGUUGAUUUCUUGAGCUCAUCACUAAGGUUCAAGUAUUGGUACAGGAGUGUGGCACCAUGGCAGCUGUGUGAGGCAGCCUGGUGCCCCUUGUGGUGGCCAGGGCCCCGGGCACAGCCUGUGGGCCACUCUGUGAUACUGAGCUGAGGCAGAUGCAGCACUCACAUGGCCACACAGCUCAGCCUUUGGGUUGUAUUAUAAGACAUUUCACCACCCAAGAACACAUAUUUGACAAGGCUUUUGUAGGAGUUGUGGGCAUUUCCAGGAGUAGUUUUAUGACCCUGGUGGUAGUUUGACCCUUUCUCUGUACCAUGAACCUCAAGAAACACUCAUUAGAACCCAACUGCCCUACUCUUUGGCCUUUAGAAACAGCUGAUGUGAGAAGUGAAAGUGUCUUAUAAUACUGACCUUUGUUACACACUGGAGGCAGGCCACUCUCAGUGUUGCUUCCCCAAGGCACCCGUCUGGGGCAUGAGGACAAUUUUUAAAAGUUAGUAAGUUGUUUAUUCUUUUUUUUUUACCAAAAGGAAAUUGUAUUUGAUUGUAUGAAAUUCCGUGUAUCUUGGCUGUCACCGCCCUUCUGAGAGGAGUGUGGUCACGGCCCGGAGAACUUGUUCUUCCAAUCUUUAACAUGGACUCAUGUGAUAAACCCUCCUGAGUCAGGUCUGCAAGGAUUGAAUAUUCUGAAUGUUUUCUCUCAGCUCAGGCUUUAGGCAUCAAGUGUGCUGCUGCUCCAAUCUUUCUUUCCUGUUGAGGAGAGCAUUGUGACAGCAUGGCCCUGGACGGCCCAGUGCAGCAAUGUGGCCGGCAAUGCAAUGCCACAGCCAUCAGUCAGUGUCUUUGUCUUCUUGUUUACCUUCGCUGAGCAACUUUCACCAAAGACCUUCACUCCUGCAGUGCUGAGACACCUUCUGAACACGCAGCCCACAUGGACAUGUUAAACAUUUAUUAUGACAUUUGUUAAAAGUUAAGUUUUCCUUUUAACUUCUAUAUGAAAGUUAAAACUUGCAAUUGAGGAUGGAUGUUCAUGUAUGUAUUAUGACCCCAACAAGGAAUAUACCUUUUGCUAGUCUGUUGAACUCCUUUUUUUAACUAUGGUUUAGGUUGUCAUACUUUGUUAAGUUAGGUUAGGCAGGAUCAACAUGGAUUCUUUGGGGAAUUCAGUUUUUGUUUAGGUCAAAGUAGCCACGUAGCCGUGAUGGUGUGCACGUGUUGCAGACGUUAAGUUACCUUUACAUUACCUCACCACUGCCAUGAGCUGGAAAAGCAUGCACAAGUUGUACAUUACUACUUAACUAUCUCUCCUAUAUCCAUGGUUGCUGCACCAAGACCAAAGACCAUAAUAAUCAGUACCAAAAUGUAUUACCAGCUUUCAUAGUUGACUCCAGUCAUGGAUUAAGAAUCCAGGGGGCUCACUCCUCUAAUGAGGGUUGCCUGCUGUGGGCCUAAGCUGCAGCCUGAGCUGCAGCAGGCGGUGCCAGGCACACUGAGGGGUGCUCCUCCUCCUACCUCCCUCCCUCUCUCCAUGUCUCCACCUUCUCUUCUCUUUAGAUUCGUCUGUCUGAAUACUUGGUACCAUAAUCAUCCCAGUCACUUAAGGCUCAAUAUGUCAAACUCAAAAUAUUAAAGAAAUACUUAUUUUAUACAAGAUGAAAGGGACAUUCUUAAGAGCAGUGACUCUGUACAAUAUGCUGUCCCGCAUGCAGGUGGGGCCACUUCAAAAGAUUAUUGUUUUCCUGCUUGAAAUGUGAGUUGCUUGGAGCAAGGCAGCCUUCAGACACUUCUUUGAGCUCUACAAACUGUGUUCUUAUUGAAGGGUUUGCAUUUCCCAUAUUUGCUUUCCUAUAGUUCACUUUGCCAGCUCUUUGGUGACUGUGAUGUAGAAAACCUCCAGCACUUUUGGGUUGAGUUUUCUAGUUCACAGUUUCUGUAAUAAAUGCCAUAGUAGGAAAAAAAGACAGAAUCCAGGACUUGCUGCCAGUAGUAGACCAGUUUUCCUGUUGCUUCUCCAAUGUCAGCUCAGCAGACAGCUGUGAGGUCUGGCAGAGUUGUCAGGGACAGUAUUGCAACUCCAGUAAACUGCACAAUAAGAUUAAGGUGACCCCAUCCACUCCUUGGUAGCCAUCCAUGGACGUGAAGGAAAGUCUCAUAUCAGUGUAUCAUCAGACAAGUACUGAUACAUAGGCCUAGAUAGCUUGUUUGUGGUUUAGUGCCAAUUUUGUUGCUUCUUGGACCCCUGCAGAGGGUGUUGUCUCUGGCGGCCUAGGCUUGAGUAACUUGUGCCUCUGCCUGACCUCACAGGGUGGCUGGGCCCAAGCCUCCUCUGUACAUACUUGGUGCCACUCACUGUCUCCAAUGCUCCAAGGGUGAGUGAGAAGUUUGUAUAAGGAACACAGUUUUGUAUAACCCGACAAAUUGGUGUGUGUGUACAUUAUGUAAUCAUUUCUUACAGGAUGUUUCAAUGCAUCUCUUCAGAAGCAAGUUAUUUGUACUGUAUGGUAUCAUGUUCUCUUUAAAUAAUAACAAUGUUUCAAAUUUA